ACCAUCCGCCAGCUUCCUGGGCUGAGAGCCAUGUCUGAUCACUGCCGCCUGUGUGCCAACCCCCUUCGCGGGUCCCGCCGCAAAUGGCUUUUUGGGGGUUCUGGUUCCCUUUCUGCCAUCUAUAACCAUGUUAUGGGUUCUCCUAUUUCAAGGACCCCACCUAGAAGAUCCCCAAGAUCUCAUGGAAGCAAAGGAUCACCAGAAGAUUCAGAAUUUCUCUGCGGGAAGUGCUGCCACUCACUCAAUGUUUAUCAUCGCUACGACCUGGUAAUGUCUCGCAUGCGACAGCUGUGUGAACGCAGAUCUACACGUCUACUUGCUGAAAGAGAGAAGCUCUCCUUUACCUUGCGUAGUAUUCAUGCCAGGGCAUGGGGCCUCCCUCUUCCUGACUACCAGGAGCACAGUCAAAACAGAAAUAGACAUGGAUAUUAUGGCUUGACCAGUGAGCUGUGUUCUACUGACCAUCCGUUACACCGUAGGCCCCUUUCUCCUGGGUACCAAUUAUUAUGCCCUGGCUCCCCUUUUCCUGGCCAGCAAAACUCGUACCAUGGCUCUCUAGGUUCUCUCACUUCUGGGACACCUACAAAGUUAUACCAUCAACUUUUGGAGCAGGACCGCUCAACGUGGGAGCAUGAAAGCUGGUGGGAAGAUAGAAGUGACACAUGCUCACGCUGUGCCAAAGGAGACAAAUGCAGAUACUGUUCCUCCUGGAGGGUUUCGGAUUCAAAUUAUGAAACUGUGUGCACUGUUCCUCGAAGGAGGAAACAUAGUAGAGAUGAAAUGGAUCUAUCUAGUUUACAUCGGAGUAAAUCACUGGGAAGUUUUUGCGGGGAGAGUAGCAGAGAGACCCUGUUGUCAUUUUCCACCUCAUCCCUAGAUGGACUCUCUUUUACAGGGGAAGAUGAAAUGGGGGGGGUUUGGGAGCCCCAAUCCCCUCUUUUUAAUUCACCUCCAGUUUUCCCUUCUUCUAAGCCCGUUUUACGGGAGGCAUUGAAGGGUUUGAAGGAGAUAACAUACAGCCCUGUGAAAACUCCUGCCCAAAGCAGAAUUCCAGUGAGGAAGAGGGGUAGCUAUGAAAAGAUGAUUGCUGAGACCAGAAGCAUAAGAAACAAAGAUGAGGAGACUCUAGAGCAGUCCUUAGGAGAAGAGACUGAAGAAGACAUGGAUGCAUUUAUGGGAAUUGAGCCUGAGGUCUGCAGGUCUCAAGUCUCUCGUGCUCAGCGCAUCCAGGAUACAAUUAAAUGGUUACAAAGUCAGCUGCAAGCAAACAAUCACCAGGAUCAUAAGGAGUCUUUCAAAGAACAGAAGGAACUGAUCCAGGAAUUGCUGAAAGCCUUAAACGUUAAGGAAGAAAUCCUGGAGGACUGCCUGACUUUAUUGCUGUCCCUGCCAGUGGAAUCCGACCCGUCGUAUGGCAAUGUGGUGACCCUUAUUGAGAAGCUAAGGGAACAAGAGAAGAAGCUAAAGACGGAACAGGAAGAAUUAAAAGAGAAUGUGCAUCAGAACAAAGAAGAAACCAUUUGCUUAAAGACGGAGCUGCGUGAGAGAGAAGAGGAUUUGGCGCGCCUAUCGAGAGUGCUGCGAGGGAACCAGGACACCAUUACUGAUCUGCGAGACGUUCUGAGUGAAAAGGAAUUUUCAAUUCAGCAAAUGAAAAUAAGUUUAGAAUCCGCUGUCAGAUCUGCCGCCUCCCAAGAUGCCCUGCGCCUGGCUGCUCUGCGAGAGAAAGAUACACUGAUCAGUGCCGUGCAGGGAGCACUUUGUAGCAGUAACCAGGAUGUGGAGGCACUUGCAGAUUCGCUUCUCUCUCAGGGGCUGGAAGAUCUAGAUGGGAUGCUCCCUGGUGUCUCCCCUACUGAAGCCCUACUGACUCAGCUAAUGGAAAAAAGUUCUCUUGUGUCCCAGUCACUCACAGACAGUCAGAAACAGAGUAUUCAGCACCAGAAAGACAUUCAGGAUUUGUUGAAUGAUCUCAAUGAAAGCCAGACUCUGCUGCAGGAUCAGCUGCAGCACUGUAAACAGCGCCUUCAGGCUGGAGCACAGGAGAAAAACACUCUACGUGAGGCUUUGCGGCUGUGCGAGGCAGAACUUAGGGCAGAGAGACAGAGAUAUAUGUGUGAUAUGCAACUGGCACAUGAGGAAAUGGCUAAACUUCAGGGCACAGCAAGAGAAAGGGAUAGGACCACACAGAAGCUGCUGCAGGAAGCACAGAACAGAGACCAUACAAUCAAGAGGCUGCAAGAGCGACUGAGCCAGGGAGGUGUCAUGAGAGACAUGUUGUGAGAGUGAGAUUCACCACUGAUUCACCUGAUCACUGCUGUCAGUUCCAGCAUGGGAUGGAUACUUUGUUACCAGUGUACUUUGUUUACAAUGAAGAUGAACAUUUAGGAUCAAAUCUAUUUCUGACAAUUCCAGAUUGGGAUUCCACGGUGCCAAUGCAUUAGGUUUACAAAUGGACAUGUGGAAGUUCAGGUUUCUAUCUAAUUCUUAUACAGUUGCCAAUAUAUAGAUGUACUUCUGCACAAAAAGAUUGUUUGGUGCCUCUCGAAACUGCCAGUAGGGGGUCAUUUGCUAAGAGAGCACAGACACAUGGGUACAAAUAAUUAUGUCAAGGUUUUGAGAACCAAUGACAUUAAUAUAGAGUAGUACAGAGUAGUAUAGAGUAGUAUAGAGUAGUACACAGCAGUGAUGGGCAAAUUUAUUGGGCAGGCGCAAAAUCACGGCAAAUUUGGCCAUUUCGCUGCCGGUGAAUAAAUUUGUGAAUUUGUUGCGAAAAUUCGCGACAGUUUAGAAGCCGGCGUCAACAUUUUUCCGACACCGGUGCCCAUUUAGACGCUGGCAACAAUAAAGGGAUGGUCAAUCGCCGGCGCCCAUUAGUCAAUGGCCAUCCGUUUAUUGUUGCGAGCGUCUAAAUGGGCACCGGUGUCGGAAAACCGUUGACGCCGGCGUCUAAACCGUCGCCAGCAUUACAUUACAGUCAAUGGCCAUCCGUUUACUGUCGCCAGUGUCUAAAUGGGCACUGGCGUCGGAACCGUGACACCGGCGCCCAUUACAGUCAAUGGGCAUCCGUUUAUUGUCGCCAGCGCCUAAUGCACGCUGCUGUCGGAACCGUCGCCAGAGGCGCCUAUUACAGUCAAUGGGCAUCCGUUUAUUGUCGCCAGCGUCUAAAUGGGGUCAACUUUGACGAGGGUACCCAUUUUGAUGCAAAAUUCGUGCCGAACUGAAAUGGAACAAAUUUGCGUAGAAAAAAUUUUGACGGACGCCCAUUGACUGUAAUGGGCGCCAGCGUCAAAGUUGACAUUACUAGUACACAGCCUUGUAACUCAAGGGCAGUAAUUUGGGCAAACCCAAUAGCAUUCAGCAUGAUACAGAUUAAUUAUAUCCUGCGCAAAUGCCUUGGGGUUGUUUUUAGGUUUGUAACAGACAGGACUUGCUCUUGUAGAAUCGAUGCAGUUAUAAGAAUUAUUAUGCAUUGUGUAUUAUUGUAAGUAGCAUUUAUUAGUGUUAUUUCUAAUGAAUGAAAAUCAUGUUUGUGUCCUAAAAAUUUUCUGUGUUGGAUCUGGCCAGAUGUUAGAUUCACUGAAUAUGUAAGACAUGCGUGCAGUGAUAAAUGCACAAAGAACAGGAUUAUUGAUUGUUUUCCAAAUUAUCAAACCAAAACAAGAACCUAUUUAGAAUUUAUAUAUACAGCAUGAUAGAGAGAAUGUACAGAACACUGCCAGGGCCUUAUGAAUUUAAAGGAACAGUUCAAUGUAAAAAUAAAAACUGGGUAAAUACAUAGAAAUUUUUCUAAUAUAGUUAGUUAGCCAAAAAUAUAAUGUAUAAAGGCUGGAGUGACUGGAUGUCUAAACUAAUAGCCAAAACGCAACUUCCUGAUUGGUUACUGCCUGGUAACCAAUCAGUGGAAACCAAUAGAGCUGAAAAGCAGGAAGUAGUGUUCUGUUCUGUGAGACAUUCAGUCACUCCAGCCUUUAUACAUUACAUUUUUAGCUAACUAACUAUAUUAGAAACAUUUUUUAUUUUUCACAGUCUAUUUACCCAGAUUUUAUUUUUUACACUGAACUGUUCCUUUAAAGGAAUGUUAUGGGGGGGAGAGUAUAGUUACACCCCCCCCAUGAGAGUAUUGCACAUUGCCUGUUGCAGUGUUACUAUAUUUAAAUUGUACAAGAACACUGCCGGGCUCAUCAAAAUGAAGUACCUUAUAUACUGUCACCACAGUGUAAUCCAGGUAUAGUCUUGUAAAAUCUUGGGACAUGGUAUUGAAAAGGUAUAUGGAGGGGAGUUACUUUUAUUUCUUUAAGCCACUGCCAUGGGAGGGUUGAGAGGGUUAAGGUUUUUUUGUAAAUACAUGUUCAAGCAUUUAUUGGAUUUCUAUUAUAUGAACGGAGCAUACUGGGAGUUUGGAACCCACUGCCAGACCAUAUUCCUGAAGAAAAGUGUGCUAAAGGAGAAAAUAGUUUCCUUUGAAGAAUUCUUAUUUCCAUCUUGCAGAAUUUGGAAGUAUCUGUAUUACCGAACAUGGGUUUGUUACCUGGGGUUUUAGUGAAGAUUGUAUCUCCGUGAUUAAGGUACAUUUACUUGGGAAGAUGAUAUUUCACAGAUUCCAACCCCGAAUAUAAGUGACAGACUGGACAAUGUGGGAAAAGGUCAGAUAGUACUUGAUAAUAAAGUGUUGCAGCUUUGUGAGAGCAAGUUAAAUGGCUUGAAUAUUAUUUAGAAAUCCAUAGACAACUUUAUAACAUUUGCAAUGAAUUCUUUAAUGGGUCAGUAUAUACAGUCCCAAUAUAUAAUAUAAUCAAAUUGAGUUCAUUUUGUAUGAAGAUUGCUUUGCCCAUUACUUUAAUGGGAAAAAUGAUUCUUUUAAAUUCUCUAUUAAACAUUAGAAAAUAAAAGAUGUUUUUUUAAUUUA